AUCGCGCGUGACCGAACAUGUGAUACUGACACACACACACACACACACACACUCACGCACCAGCAAGCUGCCAUUGUCGUCCUCCCACAACAAACCGAUGGAGAGGUUAGCCCCUUCAAGGGGCUUUGGAAAGCACUCUAGCACAGCAAAAAGACAAAGAUGGCAAGGAUUGAGGCGGCAGUGGGAGCUUCUGGGCUUAUUUGAGAUUACUCAGCAACACGAGUUCUACAACCUGACUCGCAUGAUAAAGGAAGGAUUGUCAACAUCAAUCCAAACAACGACUGAGCAUGCACCCGCAAAUCAACUGUCAGAAGAAGAUUUCAUUUCGAAGGUCACCCAGAUUCAUCAGGGUUUUGCUGUAGAAACGUUUGCUGGCCCAGUGUUUGCCAAGCUCCGUGGAUCUUUAGGUGUGACAGAACAGGAAUAUCAACAGUCACUCUGCUCCGACAAGUGCUACCUUCAGUUCAUUAGCAACUCCAAAAGCAAGGCUGACUUCUUCCUCACUAAUGAUAAGCGAUUCUUCCUGAAGACCCAGAAUGGGAGGGAAAUCCGAUUCUUUCUGGACAACCUGAAGAUCUACAUGGAACAUAUGAGGACAUAUCCCCAUUCUCUUCUGGUGAAAUUGCUAGGUGUUCACGGGAUCAAAAUUCCAUACAGGCAAAAGAAAUACUUCAUUGUUAUGCAAAGUGUGUUUUAUCCAGAUGAUCGAAUCAGUGCCAGAUACGAUAUUAAAGGUUGUGAAGUGAGUCGCUGGACUAACCCUGUCCCUGAGGAAUGCCAGAUUAUUGUGGUUCUCAAAGACCUCAACUUUGAAGGCCAAUAUAUCACUCUGGGCCAGCAGCGGUCCUGGCUGCUGCGGCAGGCGGAGAUUGAUACAGACUUUCUCCGAAGCCUCAAUGUGUUGGAUUACAGUCUUCUCCUCGCCCAUCAGCCUUUGCAACAAGAUGAACGUCAUCACGCGCUCUCUUUUGCUUCUCUUAUCAAGAGAACUAAACGAUCUGUGAAUCCAAGCACCAGCCCGAGCCAUCGUAUCCCGUCUGUACCUGGGACCGUCUCGGAAGAUAGUGACACUUUCAUUUCAUCUGAAAGGGAUGGUGAAGGUUUGGAGCGAGGGCACGCACGGGAUGGAUUUCAUGGAGAAACACUUGCCCAGCACCAAGCUGGCAGUGAAACCGGAGGACUCCAAGAUUUCAGGGUCCAAAACAGACGUUUACUGCUCAACUUGAAAAACGCACAACACAUCAUCGAUGGCCCGGACCAACGCUACUUCAUCGGCAUCAUUGACAUUUUUACCGUUUACACCUUCAAGAAGAGACUGGAGCAUUGGUGGAAGAGGCUGAGGCAUCCCGGCCAAACGUUCUCCACUGUCAGUCCACAGGCGUACUGUACCAGGCUAUGUCAGUGGUUGGAGGACCAUACCAAGUAGAUAGCAGGGGCCGUCACAACCACCCACUCGCCUGUUCUCGUGUGUACACAUGAACCACUUGAUGUCCUGUUCCUUAAAGUGCUCAACACAGGUUCAUCUUGUGUUUUUUUUUUUUCAGGCAUAUUUCCUAUCUUUGAUGUACGACGAGAGUACGGCUGUCUCAGACUGUCUCAGAAUAGUGCAGCCAUUCUUGUUAAUCACCUCAAACAUUGCUUAGGGCAUGCUUGAUGCCCCAUGACUUCAUGGAGGGCAACCACUGUCUGGAACUGAUGUCCAUUUAUGUAAACCUUCCUUCCCAUUCAUCCCCAAAUGUUCUCUAUGAUUGAGAUCAGGGAUGGUCCGAAAGCGGGAGGAAGAAGUCUCUUGUCAGGCGGGCAUUGGGAACUGCACUUGGGAACUGUUGUCCUGUUGAAAAAGUCAAGUACACAGACGAGGGCCUUCAAUCAUCAGGGAUGCACCAAUUGCCCCCUGCAACAUCUCUGCAUAGCCAUUCACCGUUUGACGCCCCUGCACAACCUGAUCCACAUCCAUUGUUCCAUUGAAGGAAAAAGCACCCCAGAUCAUGAUGGCGCCUCCUCCACUGUGGUGUGUGGAAAACAUGGGAUCUGCUUGUCAUGCCAGUAACGUUGGAAGCCAUCAGGACCAUCAAGGUUACAUUUUUUCCUCAUCAGAGAAUGAAAGUUUAUUCCACCUUUCAAUGUCCCAUGUCGUGUAAAGAAUGAUUAUUCAUUAAAUGAAGUAGAAUGGGUACCAAAGGAAGAAAGUAUGGGUGGAUAAGAGUGUUUAACAAAUACUAAAAUCAUAGUGAAAGUGGUGGUUGAGUACACGGUGGUGAACAUGAAGUGGAUGAUCUAUUUCACAUGGGAAUUAAUUGCAAUUUAUACAAGAAUGAGUGUGAUUGAAGAAAGAUAACGGCCACAUAUUGAGGCUAGAAAUGUCUUGAAGAUCUCUACUAUUUGAUACUCAACUGGAAGAAAAGUUUAUUCUGCCAUCAUGUGCAAUAUGAACAUUUCUAGGUGGUUUGCCCGUUGGGCGUGAGAAAGUAGUGACGUCAAAUCAGGGAUCCAUGACAGACUAACUGUUAAUUAAUUAAAUCCAAACUUUACCUUUCACUUGUGGUGGUCCUGGUCCUGUAGCUUUGUCACUUUGUCAAAGUACGUCCGAUAUACAUGCUGCGUUCACGUACACUGAUAACAUGUAAUAGACGUAUUUUGAUGAUUUAAAACACUACCAAAACUUUUUGAGGUACAUUGAUACACAUAGUUAUGCUAGUUCCGUCAACAACAGCAACAUAGGUACAGCAACAACACAACACUCUCCUUGGGGUGGCUGUGUCUUCCAGCACAAGAUGUGGGCUCCAGUUCUCAGGUAAAAAAUGAGACAAAGAGACUAUGACUGAAAAAAGGGCUCACUCCGUUCAUGCCAUUGUACAACAACAAACGAGAAAUCUUCUCAUGUUUGAAUCUUGUGAAACAAGAUCUUGUAAUAGCAAUGUGAAGGUGGUUCGGUUGGGGGGGUGUAGGGAAGUAGGGAUCCUACUUGCAGGUUUGCGCUAUUAGUGCCAACAAUGACGACGUACACAGUCAUUACUGUUCCACACAUGCAAGUUUAUUGCACAGCAAGCCAGCCAACAAUGGGACAAUAAGAUGUCUGGAAACACAAACAUAAGAAAACGUGACAGCAACAGGAAUGUGUGAGUCAAGGUGACCACAAACUCCAAUUGUUACACACACACGGACACAAACACACGGGUGCACACAUAAAACUGAUAUGAAUAUUGGCUGAUGCUAUAAACCAUGGCUCUUCAAAGUGCAGCCGAGGGCUAGUUUAGGCCCACAGCUCGUUUUUUUUUGGGCCCGGUAAAUUUUAUUUUUUAUGAAAUAGGACACACAUUUGCUUUGUCAGCUAUAACACAAAAGCCAUAUCAGAUAUGCUAACAAGGAAGUAGUUAAUAUUUUAGAUUUAUGUUCUUGCUGGUAAAGCAAAUAGUUUGGACUCUUAGUGUCUAAAUCAACAUUUAAAACUUUAACAUUUGACUUUUUUGUUGUUUAUGUCUGGGGAUCUUCAUGGUCCUUUGUCAAUUUCUGAUACGUAUUUUGAUACGCCACCACAAACCAAUCCCAUCACUCACAGUGCAACCAAAAACACUGUAACCACCCGGGCUAUGCAGGUAUCAAAUAGAGGCUUACACACAGUAACAUACUGUACAUGCAAAACAAAACACUUUUAUACAUCAUGUAUAACCCGCAAGGCAUGCUGGAUAGCUUCCAGGUUGCUUCCCAUGUGUGUUAUUUUUGUUGCACCGUGAGUGAGGGAGGCAUAUGGGCUGGUGUGUAAAUAGAAAGAACACUUCAAGUUUGAAGUUUGCCUCUGAAUACUUCCCGUGCAACUCAAGCUUUACUGUGUAGGACUCUAGCAAAAAAAAAAGGCAAAAAGUUGGCUUUUCCCACUAAUUUUAGUUUUGAUCAGAAAUUAAUGAAUGCCAUUUGAUUUAAAGAACACACCAUGGAACAAAAAAAGAGCCGCAAGCUGCAUUUUGAACACCCCUGCCUUACACACCGCCAGACAUUGGAACAAUCCAACCAAGCACUACGUCCUUUAUUUUCCACAACAUCAUCAUUCCUAUGACAUCAUCACAAUAAACUGCAGGUCACAUGGUUGGACUAAAAUUUAGCAUUUGUAACGUUAGCAUGGAACUGCUCAUUGGUACAAUCCUCCAAUAACCAUCCACCCUUUUCAAUGUCACUAUCUUUACAAACAGCUUCAAAAACAGCAUUUUUAAAUCAAAUUAAAUUAUCAGUGAAAGAAACGGGACAACAACAAGAUGCUUAAGUUUUUAGCCAACAUAAAUGAGUUCUAGCCUGCACGUUAGUUUAUUGUAGCCAGAACAUUGGUGAUCAAUUUUUAAAAGGUCAAAACUAAGUCCAGCCAUCCCUCACCACGUCCCGCUUCCAAUGUCAUGUCUUGACAACCUUGAUCACGGUUUUUCGAAGAUGUUCAAUCAUAACUCAUUGCUGUUUUUUGUGGUGGAAUAUGGCCUAUUAGUCCAAAAUAUGCUGAUUUAAGAUCAUUUUACACGGUUUUUCUGCAUAAAUAAAAUUAUUUUUCAAGCAUAAAAAUGUCUAAAUUAAAAAUAAAAACAGGCUUUUAUUGCAGGAUGGGAUUAUUUCACAAAGGGCACAAUAUCCCAAAUAAAUAUUGCUAGCUGUGUCCAACUCUCAUGACCACACUCAGGAGAUCAGGAAGACCUGGGUUUGAUUCUCCACUCUGUGUGGAGUUUGCAUGUUCUCCCCGUGUAUGCGUGGGUUUUCUCCGGGUACCCCGCUUCCUCCCACAUUCCAAAAACAUGCUAGGUUAACUGUUGACUCCAAAUUGUCCAUAGGUAUGAAUGUGAGUGUGAAUGGUUGUUUGUCUAUAUGUGCCCUGUGAUUGGCUGGCCACCAGUCCAGGGUAUACCCCGCCUCUCACCCGAAGACAGCUGGGAUAGGCCCAGCACGCCCGUGACCCUAGUUAGGAUAAGCGGCAUAAAAAAAGGAUGGAUUAAGGAUGGAAAAAGACAUUAUGGUUGGAGCAUAGUACUUCCUGCAGUGGCUAUUGUUCCAUCAACGUCACAUUACCGACACCUAGUGAGCAGUUAGAAUACUACAUAUCAUCACAUUGCAUCCUGCUUGUAAUGCUGAGGAAAAACAUCAUCAUCUGCCGUAUUCAGCCAUGAAAAAGCACGGUUAUCUUUUUGAAAAACGGUGAUAGAGUGAAGCCGUGAAAUUUGAAGCGGCAAGUGGCGAGGGAUUACUGUAAUAUUCUUUCUUACCUUUUGAUGCAGAAUCCUUCGUCGUCGGACUUGGUGGCACCAAGUCUACACACGCAUAGUCUUAGUCCAAGAACUAACAAGUACAGUGAAUAACAAUGUGUUCCAGUUCUUGCGUGCAUUAAUGUGAUACAUCUGCCACUUUAUUGCUAUUCCUUCUUAGUGGCCAUGGACGUGGAGAGUAAAGCCAGAAGAAGAAUAACAUAAAGCUGCACGUGUUAACCUGCCAAAUCCUAAGAUAGAAAAAAUGUGAGCAGAAAGUAAAUCCUGUCAUGGUGAAACAAGCGAGAGGCAGCCAUUUUUCCAUGAGUUGUUGCAGAUAGACAGAAGUGGAGGAUGGAAGUGUACUGAAGAAAAGAUGGAAAUGUUGCCGACACAAUGAAGUCCAUUAGCUCAGCAGUUCAAGAUACGUGACGGGAACCUUCCCCUUCUCGUUGCCUCGUUCUCCAAAAAGCCAAUCGGGGUCCAUGCCCGGUACCGUGUAGACGGUGAUCAGCUGAGAUGCAACAUGAAGAAAAUAUUUGUAUUAUGGACACUUUGACCCCUGAGCUUGCCUACCACAGCCGUACCUCGUCAGCCAACAGGGAAAGCUCGGUGGAAUCGUGGGCGUCGUAGUCGUACAGGACCUUGGCCUUUCUGGUGCCGGUGAUGGGGAGCUGCGUUUGCUCCAUGGCCGGCGUUUGGGGCUUAUUGCUGGAGGAGGCGGGCGCCGUGGUGCCAGGGGAGAGUGGUCCAGUCGGGAAGGCAGCAGAGACCGGGUCAGGACACGCAGCAGACUGGUAGGAGGUGCCGACUGCAUUAGCACACCUGCAUGAAGAUUACAGCCAAUCGAUGAAAAGGUGGUCUUAUAUUGAACCAUGUAUGGUAUAGAAGGUAAAGUAGGUCUUAUAUUGAACCAUGUACGGUAUAGAAGGUAAAGCAGGUCUUAUAUUGAACCAUGUAUGGUAUAGAACAGGGGUGGGCAAACUACGGCCCGGGGGCCACAUCCGGCCCACCCGUUCUUUCCAAAGUAUUUCAUUUAAAGUCAACAUACAAGCUGGCAUCAUGGCUUGAGACGACAUUUUCAUGGUUUGGCGGUUUUAUCGAUUUUGUUAUUUGAUGCGAUCUGUUGUUUACAAAGUGAAAAAAGGGACACAAGCACAUAAUAAUAAUAAUAAUAAUCAUAAUAAUAUUAAAUAAUAAAUUCAUUCUUAUUAUUAUAAAUUUAUAAUGCACUUUACAUCAAAUAAAUGAUCUUAAAGUGCACAUAUAGCAGAUUGCAUAAUACUUUUACAGAUACAAU